AUGCUGGCUUCGUCGGACACUGGUGGUAAGAAGCGUGAGAACCAUGUCGUCCCAUCGAACAUUGUCAAAGGUAAUGAGCUUCAGUUGAAAGAAACUCCAUUGUGUACACUGAUUGUGUCAUUUACCGAUGAUGAGGCAAAUGACGUCACAUCUGCUCAUGUUUUCACAAUGUCCACUCCUCAAUUGUAUCCUCAAACCAGGAAAACAGUCUACAAAAAAGGUACUUUUCUUUGUCCUCUAUGUUUUUCAUCUUCCGUUGUCUAUGUUGUUUUCGUGGCCAAUUCCCAGAAACACAGAAAAUUUCACUUGAAACACCUCCCGCUCGCCUUGUUUUUUCACAAUUUUUAUUCAACUUUCGACUCGCAACUAUUUCCAUUUUUAUCACCAUCUCAAAUUCUAUUUGCUUUUGACAACCGAUUCGGCACAUUCUUCAGAAAUACGUGUUUACUUUUUUUGAAAAAGAGACUGAAUGUCCAAAAAAAAACGACAAUUGAUAACAGAGAAAUGUUGAGACAGUAUGAAAAACAUUUGAACUCGGAAUGGUAUUGUGGCAUUAUUUUAAAAAUUUAUCUAACAUAUCAUUGUAUAAAUUGCUAUCAGAAACCAAUAAAUUUCAGUUUGAGAAUGGCGCUGGCAUUCACAACCAGUAGAAAUAGGGCAUUAAGUGGGUAUUGUGAAGAAAUGGCUGGAAGUUCUACAAACAUAUCCCAGUUUGAAACUACCGUUUCCAAAUGCUAUAGAGAUAACAUUACGGUAUACAUGGCAAAUCUCCAUUUUGAACUGUUAACUUUUCUGGACAAUUGCACACAUUGA